AUGGCAGAUUGUCCUUUCGCCCGCUGCCCUACAGAGGUUGUCCACACUAUAUUAUCUUAUCUCGAUCACACGUCUCCACUCAGCUUACGGGCGCUAGCCUACACCAGCAAGGACUUCUUAUUGGUGUCUUCGCCUUUCAUAUACCACACUGUCAAGAUUCAACUAGAUCGAGAAGAUCUUGAGACAAUUACGACAAAAACAAAUCGACUAUAUAGGGAGCUGAAUUGGGUGAAUGCCUUUUCCGAGGUACGCUGUCUGAUUAUCGAGCCCCCACGACACGAUGGAAAGCAGAUCUCCCUUCCAUCAACACCAAUCAAGCGCGACGUCAAUGCGCUGAGGCAAUAUGUACUCGACACUCCCUCAGUACCUUGUCAAACAGAUUUUCAAUAUCCUACUACAACACAAGAAGCAGAUGACAUGUGGUUACCAAUUGCGAACCUCCUCAGACAGCUGCCCUCACUGAAUGACUUGCUAUACGGUGGCUUGCAUCAAUUUGCUCCGUGCCUUCUCAAGGCCAUCCAUGAGAACUCCUCUAGCUGUCAGUUGUGGCUAAAUAAUUUCAAGCUGCACAGCUUGGGCGCGGAACAAAUCGAUUCACAUGAACUCGCAUUGCUCUCGUCGCCCUGCCUUUACAGCAUCAAACUCGAUGGUUUUGCCCAUGAAGACAAUGCUUCGAGAUAUCGCUCUCUUGACCAAGAGAAUGUAUAUAAUGAGGAGUCUAUCUGUCGUACUGUGGCCAGUCUGUCUCCAAAUCUGAAGGAGUUCCAUGCGCAUUAUUGUGGUGACCAGGCAUACAUCCCCACGGAUGAACCAGAAGAGCAACAAAAUCGCAGCAAAAUCCAGACCACAAGAGGCUCUCUACAAUACCUCAGUAUCCGUGGGGAUGAGAACAAAACUAUCAACAAGGAAACAGUGACCAUGUGGAACGAUUGCACUGAUUUCUCAGCGCUUCGUACUCUUCGAGUCACAAGUCCAUUGCGCCACCAGGCUUUGGAGUUCCUUGCAAAUGACUGCAACUUCACAUCACUUCAAUCACUAGAGCUGAACUUGUCUUUAUUCGCAACUCGGCUCGCAUGGCGUCUCGGUCAAUUCGAUACCCCCGAGACCCGCUUCCUAUGCAGCCUUCCCCCUCUAUCCACCUUGACUCUUCACAACUGGACCAACAAAUACCCCCUCGAAUGCUUUCUGCCUCACCAUGGUAGCCAAAUAACCAAACUUGUCAUUUCAACCGGCAAGAAUGCACCUAUCUCGCCAUCCGAUCUGAAAAUUAUCAGCGAAUAUUGUCCCAAUCUCCAGGAGCUCGAAGUCACCCUACGUCGCACCCAAGGAGAUGACACCGAAGUUGAAUGCUAUCGAAAUAUCGGCAGCCUCUCACAGCUUCGCAACCUGACAAUCAAGUUGGACGUGACAAGUAUCAAGCUAUGUAGCUCAAAUUACGGAGGCACCGAUGCACCUGCCGCUUCCAAAUGUGUCAUUACUGCUCCUGAUGCCUCAUUCAAUGAAUUUGAUCUAAAACCUUGUGUGAGACGAGCAAAGUUUACCCCUCGUGGAUGUCUCUACCGCAAUGGCGACAUCCGUGAGAUACUGAUCAAUCAUGCUAUCGAUGAAAACCUGGCACAAGGGAUAUUUAAAACCAUUCAAGGCAGCAAGAGGCCAGGGACUGAGCCACUUCAAUCCUUGAAUAUCUCUUGUGUUGGAACAGUGGGUCUGAAGAAACACCACACGGGUUCCGUUUGGCGUUUCCCACACCAGGAGGUGCUUUCUGCUCUGAAGAGACCAUGGCGUCUCACUCGUCUCUCCGAGUGUAAAUUGAAAGUGGAGGGCAAAGGGUCAACUAUAUUAGUUGAGACAAACGGACCAGGGGAUCGCCCACUUCCAGCCUGGCUGGAAGUACCAUUGAGGCGCAUUUGGCCGCAGAAGCAGGAGGGAAGCAGCUGGUUGGCUGAUUGGCAUAGUCUUCCACUUUGCAUGACUUAG